AUGUUUGGAAAAAUUCACACUCUGGAGCAGAGUGUGAAUAAACUAGCAAGUGAAGUUGCAAAAAGCCACAACAAGCCGAUCUCAUUUGCUGAGGCCGUGCAACUGCCAAAGAAGAGGACCGCACCUUCUACAUUAUCGAGUGCCGCCUCCACUGCUGCAGCCAGGGAGUCUCCGCCCCGGACCAAGAAGCUGUCGCCCAAGGAGAAUGUGAUCAUCCUGAAGCCAGCAAAAAUAAAUGGAACGGAAAAGGAACAAAGCGGAAAAAUUCGAGAAACAAUAAAGAAGAACAUCACCCGUGAACAAAAUUUGAACAUUAAAAAAGCUGUUGAUGUCCGUGGUGGGGGUGUGCUGUUGGUGCUUCACCCAAGGGCCAAUAAGGAAAAUGUUUUGGGUGAUAAGGUCCUGCAACAUCCAAACAUAAAGGAUGAUAGUAGCUCAACAAAUCUGGCUUAUGAAUCUGAAAAUUCAAACUAUGGAGUGCAACUGACUGAUAAUGACGAGUUUCUAAAUACCACAGCAGAACCACAACAAUUCAUUGAUGAUGGACUUCCGAAUGAUACAGGACAUUAUGGAGAUGAACCAACUAAGGAUGGUAGUAACUCAACGAAUCUGGCUUAUGAAUCUAAAAAGUCAAACUAUGGAGUACAACUGACUGAUAAUGCCGAGUUUCCAAAUACCUCAGCAGAACGACAACAAUUCAUUGAAGAUGGACUUCCAAUUGAUACAGGACACUGUGGGGAUGAACCAACAGAGGUUGCAAGUAGUGAUGAUGAGCUUCCUAUUGAAUAUGACUCUGACAAAGAUCCAGAAUAUGUAGUGAGUGAUGACCAGAUUUCUAUUUCAUCCAUUCAAAGUGAAACAGCAGCUGCCGAAGAAGAAGAAGAAGAAGAAGAAGCUGAAGAAGAAAAUGCUGAUACUGAAAAUGAAAAGAAGAAAACUCGCAAACGUGUAAGAAAACCAGACAAAUGGAAGUGCAAUAUACGGAAGAAGAGAAAAAACUGUGGAGAAGAAUACAUAUCAAAGAGUGGAAAAACAGUUGCUGCUAAGAAGAUGAAACCAGCUUGCCGUACUUCAUGUAAAAAGAAAUGCACAGAAAACAUUUCAGAAGCAGACAGACACUGCAUUUACAAAAAUUAUUGGCGACAAGAAAACAAUAACGACUUCAGAAGACAGUUUGUUGCAAAUAAUGUUUGUAGUGUGCCUGUUGCUCGAAGAGUCGUUGAAACACUUGAUAGACCACGAAGAAAUUCAACAUUUCACUAUUUCUUUGAGAUAAGAAAUAAUAAAAUUCAAGUGUGUAAAACAUUUUUUCUAAAUACGCUAGUUAUUUCAGAAAUGACUGUUAAAACAGCUUUAAGGAAAAAAACAGACAGUGGAAUAGUAUCACCUGACAAGAGAGGGAGAAAGCCACCUCCAAAUAAAUUGGACAGUGAUAUAAGAGAGUCAGUAAGAAUUCACAUAAGGUCUUUUCCUGUAAUGGAAAGCCAUUACAGCAGAGAACGAACUGCUAAACAUUACUUAGGAAAUGAACUGAAUAUUAGAAAAAUGUAUUUGUUGUACAUUGACUAUUGUAAGGAUAAAAACGUGGAAGAAAAUAUGAUAGCAAAAGAGUGGCUUUACAAUACUAUCUUCAACACAGAAUUUAAUUUAUCAUUUAAGCAACCGGCAAAUGACACAUGUGAUACAUGUGAUGCAUUUUUAACUCAAUUAAAAAAUUGCAAGGGUCAAGAUGAAGAUGUACUUAAUAUACAAAAAAAUUAUGACUUGCAUCUGAAGGAAGCCAAACGUCGAUAUGCUAUUAAGAAGGAAGAUAAAGUUGCUUCAAAAGAAAGCAACUCCAAAAAAAUCUGUGUCAUGAUUGACUUACAAAAGUGUCUGCCAACGCCCUAUCUGACAAAUUCGCAGGCUUUCUACUUGAGAAAGCUGUGGACAUUAAACUUGACAAUUCUUAAUGCCACAACUGAUAAGAGUCAUUGCGCGAUGUGGGAUGAAACAAUUGGUGGUCGUGGAGGCUGCGAGGUAGCCUCGUGCAUUUUAAAAUGGGCCCUUGACAAUGUAAAUAAUGAAACUACAGAGGAACUGACACUAUGGUCCGACAACUGCGCAGGGCAAAAUAGAAAUUUUGUGCUAAUUGCUUGUUAUGUAUGGCUACUACGUCUUUUGCCAAAUUUAAAAGUAAUCAAUCACAAAUUCCUUCUCAAAGGGCACACGCAUAUGGAAGUGGAUGGUGUGCACUCCGUGAUUGAGAGAGCAAAAAAAAGAUUAGGAAAUUCAACGAUGAUGAUACCGUGGGAUUGGCAGCAGUUUGUGAGGCAAUGCCGUUUCAGGGAUGUGAUUGAUGUCUACAAUAUGACAUUGGACGAUUUCAAAAAUUUUAAAAAGCUGUAUGAGUAUAUAGUAGGUGCUUAA